AUGCUCUCCAACAAGGCCCUCUCCCUAGCCGCGCUGGUGGCAGCCGCCGCCACCACCCUAGCCUCGGCCUUCCCGCUCGCCAUGACGAGCAGCAGCCCGCCCCUGCGGGCGCGCCAGUCGUGCGUCGAGGGGAAGGAGCGCGUCUGCUACGGCGUGUCGGGCGGCCAAGCAACAAGGGCAUAA